AUGAUACCUGACCUCCAAUCUCCUGGAAACAUUGAAAAUGCUGAGUAUCUGACAGAGGCUGUCGAUGUAACUUGGUUACAGUUAUGUAGCAGUUUUCCCUGUGAGAACAAUGGCACAUGUGUUGUCGAGAACAGUGAACCCCGAUGUGACUGCCCCUUGGGGACCACAGGCAAAUAUUGUGAAGAUGAAAUUGUUGUACGUUACCCAAAAUUGGAUGGACGGGGAUACAUUGCAUUUCCUGUUCUGCGUGAUGCGUACAAAGAAUUCCACAUCUAUCUUGAAAUCAAAGCAUCAUCGCCAGAUGGUCUUUUGCUGUUUAGCUCUGAAAGGCCCAAUGCAAGAGGAGAUUUCUUCUCUGUGGCACUUGUCAAUGGACAGGUGGAGUUCAGGUUUUCAGAUAAGAUAUCUAUCUCAGUUCCUUCAUAUCUAUCUAUCUAUCUAUCUAAUUUCUUCAUAUCUAUCUGUCUAUCUUUCUUCCUAUCUAUCUAUCUAUCUAUCUAUCUAUCUAUCUAUCUAUCCCAGACAAUUAAUAUAGGUCAGUCUGUUGUCUAUCUCUCUCUCUCUCUACACAAAAUUGUCCAAAUCGUGUAA